GUGUCUGUCUGUUUAUUCGGCCGCCGCGGCUCUUUCUCCUUUCCUCUUCGUUUCCCAAUCGAGCCACCAAACCCUAACCCUACCCAGGGAGCGCGACCACCGGCGAGCGAAGAUGCCGGCGACUGCGGGGCGCGUUCGCAUGCCGGCGAACAACCGCGUGCACAGCAGCGCAGCGCUGCAGACGCACGGCAUCUGGCAGAGCGCCAUCGGCUACGACCCCUACGCCCCCGAGAACAACAAGCAGCAGCGCCCCUCCUCCUCCGUCUCCGCCAACGCCGCCGCAGCGGCCGCCAACGACGCCAACACCGCCCCCGCCCCCGCCUCCGCCGGCUCCGGCGACGACAACGCCUACACCAGCUUCCAGGGCCUCCUCGCGCUCGCCCGCAUCACCGGCUCCAACUCCGACGAGACCCGCGGCUCCUGCAAGAAGUGCGGGCGCGUCGGCCACCUCACCUUCCAGUGCCGCAACUUCCUGUCCGUCAAGGACCUCGACCUGGACGACGCCGACGCCCAAGCCGCCGCACAGGCCGCAGCUCAGGCCAAGUUCGACGAGAUCAAGAAGAGGGCCGCUGCCGGCGGGGACGCUGAUGAGGGUUCCGAUGAGGAGGACGAAGAGGACAGCGAUUCUUCCGAUUCGGACAUCGACCCCGAGCUGGAGAAGAUAAUUGCUGAGCGGGAGCGUGCCAGGAAUGGGGGAAGGAGGUCCAGGGAGGAAGACAAGAAGACAAGCCGCUAUAAGAGCAGCAGCAGGCGCAGAUCGAAACACAAAAGUAGCAGGAAGAGUGAUAGUGAGGAUGAAGAGGAAGACAGAAGAGACAGGGACAAGAAGAGGAGCAGUAGAUCAAAGAAGCAUGAAAGAUCAGAUGACGAUGGCAGUGACAGUGACCCCGACAGGAAGAGGCACAGGAAGAGCAGGAAGGACAGGAAGAGGCGGAGGAGCCACCGCAGGAGUGAUGACUCGUCGGAUGAGGAUGAUGUGUCUGGAGGUGGAGAAAGGAGGCAUCGCCGCCACCGUAAGCGGCAGCAUCACCGGAGGGAUGCAUCUGAAAGUGACAGUGGUGGUAGUGAGCCCACGGAUGACAGGAAGCGAUCCAGCAGGCGGAGGCGGCACCGCAGGUCAGAAAGCAGUGGGUCUGAUGAGGAUGAGCGACAUGGCCAUCGGGGGGCAAGGCGGUCUGAGGAGAAGAGCAGGGAGCAUAGGAGGAGCUAAAGAGUACUGAAUCGGUAAUUCGCCCUUCAUUGAUGCUAUUGAAGUCAUCUAUAUAUCAGGCGGCUCUUUUAUCAUCUGUCUUGUCAUAUGUUUGAUACAUUUGAAGCACGGUGCUUAGUAUGUAUAACAUAUAUAUUGGUGUAUUACUGUAUUUCCGUCUGAACUGUGAAAAUACUAUGCGAGUGUGAUUCAAUAAUUAACAAGGAUUUUUAAUAAAACUUUUCAGUUGGCCUUC